AUGCUCCGCGGCUCUCCUCAGAGUGGGAGAAACUACUGCCUACUGAUACAAGAUGAGGUUAGGGAGGUCCUUAUACGAUGCUCCGAGCUUCUUCACUGGGAUCCGCUCCACCUCCCCAACAAGCGACCGCGGACGACUCUUGCAACUGCUGCUGUUGAGAGCUCUGCUGUUGAAGUCACACCCGACCAAGAGUUACUAAACCGCGUCUACGAGAACAACAUUAAUCCAAUCGACUGUUGGAUUCAGCAAGGACAUUGGCCUAAAAAAUACUUCAGGCAGGGCAACAUGGAUCCCCUGCUUGCAAGGAAGAAGUCGUCUUCUUUUCGCCGCAAGCAAUCGGAAUCUGGCUCUGUCUCCAUACCUAGUGAUCAAAAACUAAGGGACGAAAAGAGGGCUCCAUACAGGAGUCCGCGUUAUCGAACUCUACUUGAAUCAAAAGGCAGCUUUAUGAAAACGGCGCGCGUUGGAAUCACAGACGGAAGUAGCACUCUUAUCAAAUCCUGCUUGACACAGUCCCAACUGUCCCUGAGAAUUCAUUAUUUCGAGAUGAAUUAUUCCACACGACCUGUGAGAAGAUUCAACACGAGAACGAACUCAGACAUCCCUUUCUGUAGACCCUGUCCACAACUUGAUAUCGCAGACGGACAGAAUGCUCACAGCAUGACUCUUGCAGUAAGAGGUGUUGUUGAGUUAUUCAAACUGGUGAAGCGAGAAAAAGAGGUCGACCGAGAGAUACUCCUCACAUGGCCACUCAGUAGUGAGGAUCUACAGUUACUGUGCAGUUCUUUGUGGUUCCCACACUAUGCUGCGACGGUCGCAGUGUAUAGGUGGUGGGUUGGGUGGCCACGCCCGCGAGCGCAAACUAUUUAA